CCGAGUGAAACUAAAUUCAGUCGUCACAACUCCCUGGAUACAAUAUUGACACGAUGAAACUCACAGUCCUGCUCUGUUGCCUGGCUGCCGUUCUCUACACGGUCUCGGCAUUCCCCGCUGAAACUACUGAAGCUCCAACACCUCCACCUCUCAAUAACAACAAAGGUUUCCGAUCCAUCAGUGACGCCUUGGACUCAGCUUUAGACUGGGGAGGUUACGAUAGUCCCAGGCAGAGUAAAGUCCGUGGAGCUAUUCACGCUGCUUACCAUGAAAUCCAGUACCGUUUAACAGACAAUCAGAGGGAACAUGAGAGGGCGAAGGAUCAGUGGGGCGUCGUUAGUGGAGGACGACGAGAUAAUCUUGAUCGAUACGAUAGGGAGCAUUAUGGUACAAGGAAUCAGAAUCGUGAUGAAGAUUAAGUAUAAGAAUAAUCUGAAUAUUGUUUUAAACUAAUAUAAAUAGAUAACUAACUGCUAACAAACAACUAUAACUACUAUGCAACAGAUUAUGUUACUAAUCCUACCAUAUAAAAAAUAUUGUUUUUAAUUUGAAUAAAAUAUUUGUUUUGUGAAAUAAUGUCUGAAC